AUGUCGGACUUCCCGGUCUGCCUCCACCCCAGCCUGUCAGGGCUGAAGCUGCUCUCAGAGCACUUGGACCCCAAGCUCCUGGGCCGCCUGACGCAGCUGCAAGAGCUGGACCUCUCCAACAACCAGCUGGACACGCUGCCCGCUGACCUGGGCCUAUCGCAUCUGCGCAUCCUCCGCUGCGCCAACAACCAGCUGGGGGACGUCACCGCCUUGUGCCAGUUCCCGCAGCUGGAGGAGCUCAGCCUGGAAGGCAACCCCUUCCUGACAGUCAGCGAUAAACUGAAGGUCUCCUUUCUCCUGCCUAAGCUCCGUAAGGUCAAUGGCAAGGAUGCGUCCACAACGUGCUCUCAGGUGGAGAACCUGAACCGGGAGCUGAUCAACAGAGUCACAGCUCAUUGGGAGAAGUUCAUGGCCGCACUGGGCCCUGAAGAGGAGGCUGAGAAGGCCCAGGCGGACUUCGUGAGGUCUGCCGUCAGAGACGUCCACUAUGGGCCCGAGUCCCUCAGCGAGUUCACCCAGUGGCGGGUGCGGAUGAUCUCUGAGGAGCUGGUGGCCUCCGGUGGGACCCAAGUGUAUGAGGCAGACAACCCAGUGGGGCCCACAGAAGCCACAGCUGCCUGCAGGCCUCAGGCCAAGCUGGUGGUCUUGAAACGGCCAGCCGAUACCCCGCUCAACCUCUCUCCCAAUAAGCGGGUGUGUGCCUCCCCUUUGGCCCAGAUGGAGGGCAGCCCCGUGAGCUCUGAUGGCAGCCAGCCUGCCCUGCAGCUAGAGCCCCUGCACUUCCUGCAGUGCCACAGCAAGAACAACAGCCCUCGGGACCUCGAGACCCAGCUGUGGGCCUGUGCCUUCGAGCCAGCCUGGGACGAGGGGCGCUUAGGGGCCACAUCCCAGACCGUGGCCACGUGUGGUGGGGAGGCCGUUUGUGUGAUAGACUGCCAGACGGGCAUUGUACUCCACAAGUACAAGGCACCUGGUGAGGAGUUCUUCUCAGUGGCAUGGACAGCCCUGAUGGUAGUCACACAGGCAGGCCACAAGAAGCGUUGGAGUGUGCUGGCAGUCGCAGGCCUGCGGGGCCUGGUUCGUCUGCUACAUGUGCGUGCCGGCUUUUGCUGCGGGGUCAUCCGGGCCCAUAAGAAGGCCAUUGCCACCCUCUGCUUCAGCCCCACCCACGAGACCCAUCUGUUCACGGCCUCCUAUGACAAGCGGAUCAUCCUCUGGGACAUUGGGGUGCCCAACCACGACUACGAAUUCCAGGCCAGCCAGCUGCUCACGCUCGAUACCACCUCCAUCCCCCUGCGCCUCUGCCCCGUCGCCUCCUGCCCAGACGCCUACCUGCUGGCUGGCUGUGAGGGUGGCUGCUGCUGCUGGGACGUGCGGCUGGACCAGCCCCAGAAGAGGAGGAUGUGUGAGGUUGAGUUUGUCUUCUCCGAGGGCUCCGAGGCUUCUGGACGGAGAGUGGAUGGACUGGCAUUUGUGAACAAGGAUGUUGUGGCUUCCAAGGGGAAUGGCCUGGGCACCAUCUGCCUGUGGAGCUGGAGCCAGACAUGGGCAGGCCGGGGCAGCCAGUCCACGGUGGCAGUGGUUGUCCUGGCUCACCUGCAGUGGUCACCCACCAAGCUGGCCUACUUCUCACUCAGCACCUGCGCUGAUGAGGGAAUCGUGCUCUGUGGGGACGAGGAGGGCAACGUGUGGAUCUACGAUGUCAGACACAUCCUGAAGCAGCCGCCUCCACUGCCGGCAGCCCCGCAGGCCCCCACACAGAUCCUCAAGUGGCCCCAGCCCUGGGCCCUUGGCCAGACGGUGACCAAGACCAUGGUGAACACAGUGGUGGCCAACCCCACCUUUACCUACCUCACCGCUCUGACGGACUCCAACAUUGUAGCCAUUUGGAAAAGACCUUAGCUCAAGCAGGAGCUCCUGCCUUCAUUGCAGUUCCAGGGACAUAGCUUAACUUAUUCAGCUUCUGGGCUAACGGUGGGUCUUUCUAUGUGGAUAUUUUUAUUAAACUCUCUACUGUGGA